AUGGCGGACCGGCUCACGCAGCUUCAAGAUGCCAUUGACAACCAACUGACCUUGAUGUACGCUGCGGUCAACUACAUCAGGACGCGACAUCCGUACGGCGACAUCCCCGGCCAGCCCAGUCAAGCACCAGAUCCAGCUCCUCUUUCAGCAGUCCCGCAGAGCCUGCCAAAUGGCGAUGGCAGUCAGCCUAACGGACCCGUACCAGGCGCGAAAGCCAUAGCGCUAGAUCAGCAGCAAGGAAGCAAAACCUCGACUCCGCCGCCAGAGCAACCAGACAAUUUCAAUGCCUCCUUGCAUGAAUUGGCUAGAGAUCUGGUGUUGCAGGAACAGCAGAUCGAGAUCCUGAUCAACAGCCUGCCUGGUCUGGGGAGUAGUGAACCCAGUCAGCAGAGGAGGAUGCGCGAGCUUGAGGCAGAACUGAGGACUGUGGAAGGGGUGCGAAGGAAGGCUGAAGAGGAGAAGGAAGUGAUGGUGAACAAGCUCGGAGAUAUUCUGACCAGAACACAGCGUGUACCACGAGACACGAGCAUGUUACAGUCGCAUGUUCAUAGACAUGUGACUAUGUCCUGA